CGUCGCUGGGAACGCAGCGCAGGCUCUGGCUCGCCAUGAACCACCUAUUCAGUCCCCGGCUGCCUGCCCUGGCUGCCUCGCCCAUGCUCUAUCUGUACGGCCCCGAGAGACCCGGGCUGCCCCUGGCCUUCGCCCCCGCGGCUGCUCUGGCUGCCUCGGGCCGAGCGGAGCCCCCCCAGAAGCCACCGUACAGCUACAUUGCGCUUAUAGCCAUGGCGAUCCAGGACGCGCCGGAGCAGAGGGUCACCCUCAACGGCAUCUACCAGUUCAUCAUGGACCGCUUCCCCUUCUACCACGACAACCGGCAGGGCUGGCAGAAUAGCAUCCGCCACAACCUCUCGCUCAACGACUGCUUCGUCAAGGUGCCCCGCGAGAAAGGGCGGCCGGGCAAGGGCAGCUACUGGACGCUGGACCCUCGCUGCUUGGAUAUGUUCGAGAAUGGCAACUACCGGCGCCGGAAGAGGAAGCCCAAGCCGGGCGCGGGGCCCCCGGAGGCCAAGCGGCCCCGCGCUGAGCUGCAGGAGCGCGGCGGCGCAGGGGAGCAGCAGGAGGAGGGGAUCCCGGCCGGGGACCCAGUGAUCCCCACCCACGAGGGCGCAGCCGAGCGUCCCUUGCCUCUUCCGGAUGGCCCCUCUCGGCCCGAGGUCCUCCACUGGUCAGGCUCUGAGCCCGGGAUCAAGGAUGCAGGCGACGCAGUUCAGGGCGCAGCGAUGGUGGAGGUCCCCCAGCCAGCGCGCACAGAGGCUGGCCCGGGGUCCCCUCCGCGCCCCGCCUCCCGCAGCUCUCCAAAGAAUUCCGACAAGUCUAAGAGCUUCAGCAUCGACAGCAUCCUGUCUGGGAGACAGGGCCAGAAGCCGGCUGGAGGGGGCGAGGUCCAGGGGGUCGCCAAGCCGGGGCCCUGCGGCGGGCUGGGCGCCUCGCUUUUGGCUGCCUCCUCCAGCCUUCGGCCGCCAUUCAACGCCUCUCUGAUGCUUGACCCGCACGUCCAGGGCGGUUUUUACCAGCUGGGGAUCCCUUUCCUCUAUUUCCCCCUGCAGCUUCAGGACGCGGUGUUUCACUUCCACUAA